AUGCCGGGACGUUCAACUACGAAAGUCAUCCAUCUUAUUAGGAGGUUGGUGGAACAGUACAGGUAUAGGAAUAAAGAUUUGCAUAUAGUGUUUAUUGACCUAGAGAAAGCGUAUGACAAGGUCCCUAUGGAGGUCCUUUGGAGAUGCUUGGAGGCUAGAGGUAUUCAUGUUGCAUACAUUAGAGUGAUUAAGAACUGUAUGAUGGAGCUAAAACUCAGUAGAGGACAAUACAUUGACGCGUCAUAUUCAAUGGAGGUACCACGGUAUAUGUUAUUCGCUGACGAGAUAAUACUGAUUGAUGAGAUGCUAGGUGGUGUCAACGAAAAGUUGGAG